UUCGCUUCCUGGGUCGUGUGACCUUGGUUGUGGUUGCCUUCUUCGUAGCGCGUUGUCCCGACCCACGACCGCGAUGCUGACGCUGCGCUGUGGCCCCCGCCUGAUCGGCCUGCUCUCUGGCCAGCGCUCCGCAACGCUGCUCCUCUCCGCGACCCGUGCCUACAGCGACAGCGGAGCACGCGACCCGAACUCCUCCUCCCGGAACCCUCUCGUGUACUUGGACGUGGGCGCCGAUGGGCAGCCUCUCGGCCGCGUGGUGCUGGAGCUAAAGGCAGAUGUUGUGCCAAAGACAGCAGAGAACUUCAGAGCCCUGUGCACUGGUGAGAAGGGCUUCGGCUACAAAGGCUCCACCUUCCACAGGGUGAUUCCAUCCUUCAUGUGCCAGGCUGGUGACUUUACCAACCACAAUGGCACGGGAGGGAAGUCCAUCUACGGAAGCCGCUUUCCUGACGAGAACUUCACACUGAAGCAUGUGGGGCCAGGUGUCCUGUCCAUGGCGAAUGCAGGCCCCAACACCAAUGGCUCUCAGUUCUUUAUCUGCACAAUAAAGACAGACUGGUUGGAUGGCAAGCAUGUUGUGUUCGGCCAUGUCAAAGAGGGCAUGGAUGUCGUGAAGAAAAUAGAAUCUUACGGCUCAAAAAGCGGGAAGACGUCUAAGAAGAUCGUUAUCACAGACUGUGGCCAGUUGAGCUAACUCACAGCCAAGGUGCAAGGACAGUAGCAGCCGGCCGUGGGUUGAUUCACCCAGGUGCUCCAAGCACAGGUGUCCCCUACUGAGUAUGAAGAAGCUACUCAGGCACACAGUCCUUCACAGGACCAGGCUGCUCUUAACUGACCAUCCUUCCUCAGAUCCUGUUUCUGGGCAUCAGUGUGGCCAUCGGGCCAUGCAAGCGUUCCCUUGAUUGCCAUUCAUGUGUGCCUUGGACAUUGACCUGCUGACCAGUUAGCAUCCAGGGAAGGGUCCUAACUUUUUCCUUGCCCAGUGGGGACAGCAGUUACUUUUAAUGUUGUCUUCCUCAUAGAAGCGAAACUGUGACACUAACUGCACUGUACAAGCCACAACCCCCUGAGCCUGGCUUCUGAUACAUAACUCAGAGCUCUUGUGAAAGUUUCGAGAUCAAUGCCUUUCCUCCCAGUUACUGUGAAUCCUGCUGGUUGGCUGCUGGGACUUUUGAAGGGAGCCCGUGGGACAGAAGCAGCUGGACCUGGGGGCAGACCUGUGAGCUGGGGCUGUCUGCUCAAUGUGAAUUCCUGUGUUGAAACCUGCCCAUGUGCAUACUGUCCUGAGGAGGAACGUGUGUCCUGGCAGGCUUUGCUUUUCCUAUAUGUUAAAGAAAGCCAAUUUGUCAAUGAUAAUAUAUGUAAAAGAUUUCUGGAACGGUCCUUGUGUUCACCUCAAAUGUGAUAAUAAAUCCUGUUUUCUAAAAAAACGUCUCUGGAAAGAAA